UUAAAUAGAUCAAUUUACGAGACUGUGUACUAUGUACUACAGUACAACUUCAAUGGUUCCCUAUGCGACCCAUAACAUUACUGAGUCUAGUUUGAUUGGGACCGAAUUUCCAGCGGUCGAGAAAAGUCUGCAUUUACACAGUCAGGAUGGGUGUGUGUAUUAAUGUUUUCAACAUAUCCCCAUCAAUCAACUGGGGUAUAGUAAUUAAUUCGUCUGGAUACGACACGAAGAAAAGUAUGUGAAUUUUGAAUGGAAAUUCGUCAAUGCAUUCGUCACAAAUUCACAAUAAAAAAUAUAUCCUUUCCACACAAAAUAAUAAAAGAGUGCCUACCAAGAAAAAAUGGAUAAAGUUUUCUUGCAUCCCACACAAGAAAAAUUCGUAUAUAUAUGCACACACUCAAAACAAAUUUGUAUAUAUAUCUUGCUCCACCACACUCCACCACCAACCACCAUGUCGCACCACCAUCGUAUCCUUCUCAUACCAUACCCAGUACAAGGCCACAUAAACCCCGCCUUCGAGUUCGCAAAACGACUCAUCGCUUUAGGUGCACAUGUCACUCUCUCCACCACCCUACACAUGAACAACCGCAUCACCAACAAACCCAUCCUCCCUAACCUCUCUUAUCUACCCUUUUCCGACGGCUAUGAUGACGGCUUUAAAGGCACAGGCAACGACGAUUACUUACUCUACACGGCAGAGUUCAGACGUCGCGGCUCCGAGCAUGUGGCCAAUCUCAUACUCUCUAACUCACAACAAGGUACUCCUUUCACUUGCUUAGUUCACUCCCUUCUCCUUCAAUGGGCUGCCAAGACGGCACGUGAGUUUCACCUCCCAACGGCGUUGCUCUGGGUUCAACCAGCCACGGUUUUCGACAUAUUAUAUCACUACUUUCAUGGAUACUCUGAAUCCAUUAAGAACCUCUCAAGUUCAAUUGAAUUGCCAGGAUUACCACUAUUGCUUUCAUCACGUGAUAUACCUUCGUUUCUAUUGGAUUCAUCUCCAAGUAUUUAUGCUUUAAUGUGUUCACUCUUUGAAGAACAAUUUAACGAGCUUGAUGUAGAUAUAGAAACAAACCCAACAACAAUACUUGUUAAUUCCUUUGAAAAAUUGGAACCAGAGGCGUUGAGAGCCGUCGAAAAAUUGACCAUGAUCUCAAUUGGACCAUUGAUUUCUUAUGAAUUUUUGGACGGAAAAGAUCCGUCCAAAGAUAAUUCAUUUGGAGGUCAGACACACAUCUUCCAACCUUCAAAUGAUUGUGUUGAAUGGUUAGACACUAAGAAAGAGAUGUCAGUUAUUUAUGUUUCGUUUGGUAGUUACUUUGUUUUGUCUAAGAGACAAACGGAGGAAAUUGCACGUGCUUUGUUGGAUUGUGGAUUUCCGUUCUUGUGGAUUCUUAGGGAGAAAGAAGGAGAGGAGGAAGGUUUGGAUUGUAGAGAGGAGUUGGAAGAGAAGGGAAAGAUAGUGAAAUGGUGUUCUCAAAUGGAGGUUCUUUCGCAUCCUUCGUUGGGUUGUUUUUUGACACAUUGUGGUUGGAAUUCGACUUUAGAAAGUUUGGUAUCCGGGAUUCCUAUGGUGGCGUUUCCUCAAUGGACUGAUCAAACGACUAAUGCGAAGUUAAUAGAAGAUGUGUGGAAGAUUGGGGUGAGGGUGGAUGAUAGAGUGAAUGAUGAUGGAGUUGUGGUAGGUGAUGAAAUUAAAAGGUGUUUGGAAGUGGUGAUGGGGAGUGGAGAGAAAGGAAAAGAAUUGAGAGAAAAUGCAAAUAAAUGGAAAGUGUUGGCUAGAGAAGCUGUGAAGGAAGGUGGGUCUUCAGAAAAUAAUCUAAGAGCUUUUUUGGAUGGGGUUGCUUCAUGAUGAUGAUGUAGAUGUAUAUGGCUCAAAAGGCAUAGUUAAGGUGGACCACAAUUUACUACAAGUUAGAAUUGUUACCUGCAAUGAUGAAAAUCCUUGUUGUUUUUGGUGAAUAAAAAUCAUUGUUGUUUUAUAUGAGCUAAUAGUAAUAGUAUUUUGGGUAAAA